UACAUUUUGCAAGUAAGUAUGUAGAUGUACCUACAGUACAGAUGUUGGUAGCUGGUACUCGUACUCGUACUCGUAUGUUGCUCGUAAUAUGUAGUGCCGCAGCACGGCGACCAUCGACGUCGACGUCGUAUUCGCGCAGCGCUCAUAAGGUACCUACCUACCUACCUACCGACGAAAAAAUUCGUCUUUCGAUGUGAAAAUUUUUUCUCUUUUCGUCAAAGUGUGUUUGAAUUUUCAUUCAGCUCAGCUGUCAUGUCAAUAAUUGUAAAAUGCAGAUUCGCGCUACCACUUUAUUUACGAGUAUUAGCCAUUUUUUAAUAUUUCGUCGAGUUUUUUCUCAUUUUUUCGAUGGUGGUCUUUACGCGUUGGUGUUGUUCGCGGUAAUAUUCGACGUACUCGUAUGUUGGUCGGCGUCCAAUCCUGAGUCAUCGUCGCUACCGCAACACUAUACGAAUACAUGGGUAUCGGAGAUUCAAGGUGAAUCGUAUGCUGUUCACAAAAUUUUGCAAAGACGGGGUUACAUAAUUUUAGACGAGAUUUUUGCCAACACGUAUCAUCUGCACCACCCUGCCGUAAAGAGCAGAUCGUUAGCUAAAGAGCGAUAUUACACUGGUCAAUUGGAAGCGCAUCCUCAAGUAGUGUACGUGCAGCAACAAGUGGCCAAGAAACGAAGCAAACGAGACGUGAUAACGUUGUCGUUUCCAUCCAGCAACAGCAAAUCCAGAUGGCAGAACAAAAGCGAUUCGCGUGCAUCUGCAUCUGUAGUAUCGGAUCCGGAUGCGUUUCUUCAGCGCAAAUUUUUGGUAGCGAAUCCAUUUCCCAAGAACGAUCCGCAAUGGCGCCAAAUGUGGUAUCUGAAUCGAGGCAGCGACAGAGAUCUAAAGGUUUACGGAGCUUGGGAAAGCGGAUACUCGGGCUUGGGCAUUGUAGUCUCGAUAAUCGACGACGGCUUGGAGAAAGAUCAUCCAGAUUUGGUGGCAAAUUACGAUCCGCAGGCGAGCUACGACAUGAACGGCAACGACGACGACCCUUCUCCGCGAUACGAUUACUCCAACACUAACAGACACGGCACCAGAUGCGCCGGCGAAGUGGCUGCCGUCGCCAAUAAUCACAUGUGUGGCGUCGGAGUAGCCUUUCGAGCCAGUAUAGGAGGUAUUAGAAUGCUGGACGGCGAUGUUAGCGACGCGAUAGAAGCGCGAGCGUUGAGCUUCAACAAUCAACAUAUCGAUGUAUACAGCGUAUCGUGGGGUCCCGACGAUGACGGCAUGACUGUCGAUGGGCCCGCACCAUUGACCGAGCGAGCGUUCAUCCAAGGCGUCACAAAGGGUCGCGGCGGCAGAGGUUCCAUAUUCGUUUGGGCAUCCGGAAACGGCGGCCGAUACUCGGAUAAUUGCAAUUGCGACGGAUACACCAACUCGAUUUUCACCUUAUCCGUGAGCAGCGCCACCCAGUCUGAUAAGGUUCCGUGGUACUCGGAGAGCUGCGCCGCCACCUUGGCAACCACGUACAGCGGCGGCUCCACUUGGGAGGCUCAGAUUAGUACGAUAGAUCUGCACUACGAGUGCACCAGCAACCACAGCGGUACAUCGGCAUCCGCUCCAUUGGCCGCCGGAAUCGUUGCCUUGACCCUAGAGGCGAAUACCGAGCUGACGUGGCGAGAUGUGCAGCAUAUCGUCGUCGCGACAGCCAGACCCAAACGCUUGAAAGCCUUAGAUUGGAAGACUAACGGCGCCGGCCGAAAAGUCAGUCAUUCUUUCGGAUUCGGACUGAUGGAUGCUGGCGCUAUGGUACAAUUGGCACGUAAAUGGAAAAAUGUCGCGCCUCAGUUGAAAUACGAAACGUAUCCCGCGUCUAUCGACAUUUCCAACGGCACAAUUCCUCCGGAAGAUAGCAAAAUUUUCGAGACAUUCGUCGCCCACGCCCAAGCUAACAAGAUAAACAGUCUAGAGCAUGUUCAGGUACGAAUAUCGCUGGCGGCGAAACGCAGAGGCGACCUAAAGAUAGCUCUCAUUUCUGCCAACUCGACCCGAUCAGUAUUGUUGACCAACCGAGAAGCCGACCAUUCUUCCGAAGGAUUCGCCGAUUGGACUAUGAUGACGGUGCAUUGCUGGGGCGAAUCUCCGCACGGUAUGUGGCAACUGGAGAUUAGCAACGACGGCCAUUCGUACGUCAAACUAGAACGUUGGACGCUCAUUCUGUACGGUACCGAAGACAAUCCCAUUGCCAAGACGAUCAAUAAACACGUCGCGACGAAAUGGAAAAAAAACGCUACGAUCGAGCGCGACCACCAAAACGAAAACACCAACUGUGAGAGGGAUAUAUGCCGUUCCUGUAAGGGAUAUUAGGGACAGAUUACCACCCUUGUGGUGGUAACACUGAACAGCGUCGCGAGCUGGACGUCGAGUCCGGUGAUCGGCGCUGCGGCCGUUAUUCGUCAUGUACUACUGUGUAGUGUCGGGUCAGUUAAUUUGAGUUUAUUGGGCACGUUCGCGUGAAUGGUUAAUUUGAACUUAUUAUUUCUUUGUAAUGUCAAUUUGAGUUUAUAUGGUUAAUUUGAGUUUAUCAGUGUAUUAAUUGUGUUAAACGGUUUCGCCGAAGAAGGCAAUUAUUAUAUUAUUGUUUCAUUGUGUAAUUGUGUUUAAAUCGACAUGUAUCGUAAUUGAAUACAUAAUUCUACCAACA